GCGAUUUUACGCGGAUAUUAAUUCCUCGCGUUUAAUUAGGAAUUUACAGUAUUUGAUUGAUCUGGAAGUUGGUAAAGGUGAUCUUUUCAUAUACUACUUAAUAAGGGAGUUGGUAAUAGAUAAAUAGGCAUAAUUUGCCCUUACCAUUCUGAAGAUGUUAAAAUAAUAUUCCUACAGCAUAGUGUUACACUAAGUAAAAUAAUAAUAGGAAACGCUUUUCCUUUUCUCAAAAAGGAUCCUAAGAUAAAAUCAAUGUUUUCGGAGAUGAUUUAGGAUGUUUUCCCGUGUCAAAUCUUAAAAACGUUUUGUUAAUGUAGGCAUGAGUUAUGAGCAGGAUUACACUCGCGUGAAUCGUGGACAAUAGUAAGCAGAACUACAUGACCGCACGCGUGAAUAGUGUACCUUGUUAUUUUAUGCAUGAAAUAAAAAUUUUGUAACACCCUUGGUACGCAUGCACACACAGAAGAUUUGAAUAAUUGUCCAAUCAGAAAAUUUGUCAAAGAUGUGUUACGCCAUUAUAUACAACGCAAUAGCUAUAAGUCUAUCUGAUACAAUCAUAUCUUACGUGUAGACACAAUCGUUGCAAAUGUAACACUUUUUAAUAACUGAAUAAUUGGGAUGCUAUAAUAAACCGUAUCGGUUGUUACAAAUCAAACUCGUAAUUCGAGGCUGAAAAAAAUCAUGUUAUUUGAAAUUUGUCGAGUUCAUUUUCUGUUCCUCUAUUUGUCAUUGUCAGAAGCCUUCAUAACCAGUCAUUUUAAUGCAAAUGAAGAACUUAGCAAUACACUGGUAAUGCAUACUCUGUUGGAAAGCAGACGCGUUGGAUCUAACAUAAGGUGUGCCAUUUUGUGUGACAAUAGAUGUCAUUGCUUAAAUUUCAACUCUCUAUCAGGGAUGUGCCGCCUCUAUAGUUCGUGUGAUCUCUCUGAUGCAACAAUCAGUGAGGCAGGAUGGACCUACUUCACCAAACUCACCAAACUCACCAAAAUCACCCCGCAAUUUUUAGACAUAAGACUGGUUGACGGGUUACAUUCUGGAGAAGGACGUGUUGAGGUAUUUUACAACAACACCUGGGGGACCGUCUGCGGUAACAAUUGGGAUGAUAACGAUGCUCAGGUUGUCUGCAGAAGGCUGGGAUAUAUCGGAACAAUAAUGGGUGCGAGUUUUAAAUUCCAAAUGGGAAGUGGACCAAUCUGGAUGGAUGACGUUCAGUGUAAAGGUCACGAGACAUCUCUUACACAAUGUUCCUUUAAUGGGUACGGAAUCCAUAACUGUGACCACAGGGACGACGCUGGUGUCUAUUGUACUGUAAAUUUUGUAUAUAAAGAAGGGGACCCAAAUUCUGUUUUAAGAAGAAAUGCCAUUGCAAAGGGAUAGCUUGGACGAGUAUUUGAGAAUUGAAGUACAUGUAGUACAUUCAUUUAUUAACUUUGAAUGGUCUGCUGAUGAUUGGAAUAAAUCGUCAAAUGUCCUCUUUUCU